AUGGAGACUGGCAGCUCCAAUGGCGCGCUGGCACGCUUGGCCGCCAAAGAUGCAAAAGGCUUCGCGCGGGCGGAGGCGGAAGGUCGGCCCUUCUUCCUGCCCGAGGUGCCCAUCGAUUUUCUGGCCUGGUGGCGAGACGAGGUCUUGCGCAAGCACGGGCAGCAGGCGGUGUGCUUCCUGGAGGUCUGCGGCAGCACGUCUCGCCGCGCGCUGCUGGAGGCCACGUUGGGCACCUUCGCGGAAGAGUGCGAGCGCCUGUCCGGGCGCGAGCGCUUCGCGCUUCUGCAGAGCGAGCUGCUCGCUGAGGACCCGGCGCUGGUCCAACUCUUGUGGCGGAACCUGCCGUUGCUGCCCCGAGGCGAGGAGGAGUUCUUCCAUCGGUGGCCAAGGAAGCUGGCACCGGCUUUGAUGCUUCAGCUGGCCGGCGCGGGUGCCCGCACCCAACUGCAGCGGCGCAGUUGGGCACCCCAGUGGAUCCUUUGCGCUACUGGGCGCAUGCGCCUCAAGCUGCUGCCGCCCAGGUGCCAAGAGGAGCUGAAGCCUUCCAAAGAGCCCUUCGGAGUCUUGGAUGAGGCCGGGCGCGCCAUCUUCUCGGUCUGCGACACGGAGGUCAGCGACUUGGACCUCUUCGCGGUCCGCUUCGAUAGCCAUCUGGACAUCUUCGGCCCGGACCUCCAGCAGUGGCCAGAGGCCGAUCGCCUGCUGGUGCUCGAGGUGCUGCUGCGUCCGGGGGAUGUGGCGGUUCUGCCGGCGGACUGGUGGGUCCAAUGCUACUCAGAGGAGGCUUCGUGGUCGCUGCACGGCCAGUAUUGCUCCGCCGCAGGCCUCGAGUGGACCUUGGGCACGGUGCUGGGCCAUGCCAAGGUUGGCCCAGAGGAGAUCUUCGGAUAUGCCGCGCUGCCGGCGGAAGAGAAGGUGGACGCGGUUCUGGCCGCAGCUUUGGCUGCCUCCGGUCGCGGGGAGGGCCGCCAACUGCUCAAGCGGCUGCGGGGCUUGGACCAGGAUCUUCCGGCGCCUGCGAGCCCGCAGAGGGCCUGCGCGGUGUGCGGCCGCCCUGCCACCACCAGGUGUGGGCGAUGCCGGGAGCUUGCGCUCUGCGGCGCCGAGUGCCAGCGUCGCUCCUGGCCGGAGCACCGCAAGAUUUGCGUGGCGGAGCUGCAGUCCUCCCGGCGCCAGUCCAACCAGACCGAGGUGGAUAACCUGCGGCAGCAGGUGAAAGGCUCCGAUGAGGCGCUGGCGGACGCCAUCAAGAGCAACGAGGCACUUCGAGAGCAAAUGGAGCUGCAGCGUUUGGAUGCGCAGACGGCCUGCGAGCGGGACCUGAAGAUGUGGCGGGACAAGUUCCAGCAGCACUUGGAAGAUCAGGAAGAGCAGCACCGGGUGGAGCAGGCGGAAGUGGCCAGGCGCAUCAAAGCGCUGGAGGAGGUGCUGGGCAGCAAAGCGGGCAAGAUUCAGGCCUUGCGCGAAGCCCUGGCUGAGAAGAGCAAGGCGUGGCACAUGGGGUUCCCACGAGCGCAGGGCGGUCCUGCUUUCGCGGCGAAUCUGGGGGGCUUGGGGCACGGGGUGACGCUGUCGAUGAAUCGGUUGGCGACCUUCGCGGAGCAAUGCUCAGCCUUGACAGAGGCACAGACUGCCCAGGCAGAACGCAAAAAGCACGCGGAUGAAGCCGCAAAGAUCUUGCGGGAGCGGGCGUGGCACCAGGAGAACCUCAAGAAGCACCUGGAGAUGUGGAGGCUGUUGUGCUCGUUUCCCUGCCGUUUGGUGGAUCCCAUCUCGCACGGGGCUCCUUUCGACGAGGAGUUCCUCGGGCGCCGGAUGCGGGAGAAGCAGGAAGAGUACGACGCUCUGCGGCGGAAGCAGGCGGACCUCGAGGCGCGCAAGACCCAGCUGGGCGAGGAGGCUCAGAAGCUGGAGCGGGAGAUCCAGGCGCAGGAGGCCCAAGACGCUGCGCGCGCCAUGGGGGUGGCGGACCUGCGCCGGGAGGUGGUGGCGGAGGCCGAGCGCACCAAAGCCAACCUCACGGAGGCCUUUCGGCGCGAGAUUUGCAUUUCGGGGUCGGAGUUCGGUGUUUGA